CUCUCACGUCUCUGGUCACAUCAACCUCUCGUACUCUUUGAACAUGUGUACAAGGUAAAUGGUCCGCGCUGAUCCUCCAUCUUCAGAUGUGGAUGGAAGAGUGGACUGUUCCCCCGGAUAGCCUUCUGCGCCAUUUAGGGCAGCCCGAACUCAGUACCAUAUAUCGUGGCAGCUACAGGCAUUGGAAUUACCCAAGCGCCCUCUCAAAAGCUGUAUUUAUCAUCUGCGCUCAUGUCGCAUGAGUGCACCGCUACUCCCUCUUUACUCCUCGGUAUCCAGAUCCAUCGCAGAGUCCCUUCGCUCGAGGCUAGGGAUCUUUUCCGGAGCAUUGAGGUUCGACCUAGCUUCGACGGCAUCCCUCAAUUCCUGCUCGUUAUCGACCGCCAGAUCUUCUUCUCUCAGACUUUGCCAGUUCAUCGGCUCUCGGUGUAUCGCCACGACGUAUUGCUUGCCAUUUUGUGCAGUUGGGUCGAAUUGGUAUCUCACAUAAGCGCCGUCUCGGGCUCUGUACUCGAGCAUCUCUGUUCCGGCCUUGGGCUCCGGAAUGGGAAACGCAGGUGCGGUGUCGAGCUCAGGGUCGAAGGUCUCGAUGACUUGGUCGAGCAUGGCUGGACCUUCGUCGCUAUUGUUGAGGCGCUUGGAGGGGUUGAAGAGAUACUUGAUGGUGUUAUUGUUGGAGUCGUGGAACGAGAAGACUUCGAAGGCGGCCAUUGUGUUGGUUGUGUGAAAAGUUGUGUUGCCUUGGUUGGUUGAUGGUGAUAUGGUAGACUCCCAGGGUUCGGAUUUAUAUUCCUUAGCUUGUUUCGAUUGCAGGUUGAUUUUUGAUGAGGGAUUGUCUCUACACACAUCUGUGUUUAUAUACCUGUGAGUUGAGAAAUCGCGAUGGUCUGAUGGUAUGAUCGAGAGCCUUGCCGCUCAUUCGACCGAGUUCUGUUGGCGCACCAAUGAAAGCGCGUGAAGCUUCCCGGGCCUUGCCGAAGGUGCUAGAAUAAGCGAGCAUCUUCUCGAACGUCA